AUGUGGAACGGACUCUUCAUGCUGCUCGGCCUGAGCAUGAUCAUGGCCAUUUCCUCCUUUCUUGCCGGUUCACUGCCUCUGUCUUUUUCCAUGUCUCAGCGCCACUUGCGCUUCAUGUCGGCCAUGGGCACCGGCGUGCUAGUCGGCACUUCGCUGGUUGUCAUUAUCCCCGAGGGCAUCGAAACCCUGUACACUGCCCACGAAGCAGCCGCGCAUACGCAGAACGAACGCCACGUAUACUUGGACGACCUCGACAUACCAGCGGAUCUGCACGCCCGCUCUGCCUCGGGCAAUCUCGAAGUCAUUGACCGCUGGAAGGCGGACCUCGAACGUGCCAAGGGCAAUGCCGGCGCAAUUGCUGGCUUGAACGACGAUCCUGCAGGAUGGUCUCGAGCUGCCCAGGAGCCUGACCCCAUGGAGGACGACGGCGAUGACCCGGUCCAGGUGGGCCGACCUCAAGGAUCAGAGCAUCACAAGGAGAAGCCCGAACAUAGGGAGCCGCACGCCUGGGUCGGCUUAUCCCUGAUUUUCGGCUUCAUCCUCAUGUACCUGAUUGACGCUCUCCCGGCCAUCAUGGCCGCCGCUCCCACAAAACCUCUUCAUAUAUCCCUAUCGAACCUCUCCAGCGGCCUUCACCACUCGCCUUCCCACUCGCCGAACCUGUACCCGGCCGAUGCGGCAGUUUCCGGCGGGCAAUCCAACCCCCCAGCCACCACAAUUGGUCUCGUUAUCCAUGCCGCCGCCGAUGGCAUAGCCCUGGGCGCAUCGUCCAGCACCUCCAGCGCCAAGCUCGGCCUCAUCAUCUUCCUGGCAAUCAUGCUCCAUAAGGCCCCUGCCGCAUUCGGCCUGACAUCCGUGCUUCUCAAGCAGGGUCUCAGCAAACGCACCGCCCGCACCCACCUCAUCUUCUUCAGCCUCGCCGCCCCCGCCGGCGCGAUAGCGACCUGGAUCAUCGUCAACAUCCUCGGACGAGAGACCCUCGGCGGAGAAGAAGGCAUGCAGUUCGCAACCGGCUGCGUGUUGCUCUUCUCCGGCGGCACUUUUCUCUACGUCGCCAUGCACUCCAUGCAAGAAACGGCGUCGUCGCAUUCACACGGCGGCAACUCGCUGCACUCUCGCAACGGUUCGACGGGCAGCUCUAUGCUCAACGGCUACGGCGACAGCAGUCUGCUGGAUGGAUACGCCGGUGGCCGCGGGAAAGGGGCCCAGAGCGGGACAGAGGUUGCCAUCAUGGUGGCGGGCAUGCUCGUGCCGCUGCUAACACAAGUGGGGCAUGGACAUGCCCAUGGGCAUUGA